GUGCCUAAAAAAAGGAUAGACAAAUCACAAAAUGCAAAAACAGCCGAAACCCAAAUCUGGGUUUUGAUUAAAUCCAAACCCAAAACAAAACCACAGCCGUUGAAUCCUUAUAAUCGAAUCAAAAUGGAACGAACAGCAGGAAAAAUAAGGGGGGACGAACCACCAACACUAACAACAAACAAUUCCCCCUUUCCUUUUUUUCUUUACAUUCUUCAUUCAGAAUCUCUCUCCCCCCCCUCCAUCUCUUGAAACGUAAACGUAUAGUUUAAAACAAAGGUAGACUUGUAAAAGGAGCUUUGUAGAAUCGAAGACCCAAAUUUUGCAUUGGCUGAAAUGGUGGGUCACUGGAAUUGAAAGGGAAAAACAAAGAGUACCCAGAGAAAAAAAAAAUAGACGCUUUCACUAUGGAAGAUUCAGGUGAAGUUCAGACUGAAGAGAAUAAAGUUUCUCUAGAUGUCAAUAAGAAAAGAACGGUCAAGACACCAGCCCAGGUUAUGGCUCUGGAGAAAUUCUACAAAGAGCUCAGAUUUCCUUCAGACGAAAUGAAAGCACAAAUAGCACUUCAGGUAGGGUUGACAGAAAAGCAGAUAUCUAGUUGGUUUUGUCACAGAAGGUUAAAAGACAAAAGGAGAGACGAGAAUGCUAAUGGGCGAGUGGAUCAUUCUAGUGGCGUUAUUGAGGAUCGUGGUAGUGGACUCAGGCAAGAUUCUUCUGGCAGUAUUAAGGAGCGGGAUUAUAGGAAUAUUGAUCCGAGGGAGGUUGAAAGUGGAAGGAUUUUUAGCCAAGAGUUUCUAGCUGACCGUAGGAGUCAUCAAAAUCCAUAUGAUGCUCAUAUGGAAGAUACAUCUUCUGAAAGUAGCUCAUCUUUACAAGAUAUGAACUUUUCUGAAAGCCGAGAUCCUCAUGACAUGCCAACUCCUGCAAAGCGUAAACAAAAUGGAGCAACUUUACCAAUAAACGCAAACAGAAGGAUGGCUAAAAGCAAGGUUUAUAAGCCAUCCGGAUACUUGAAGGUUAAGGGUGAAAGUGAAAAUCCUGCUAUUACUGCAGUUAAGAGGCAGCUGGGGAGGUAUUAUCUGGAAGAUGGUCCACUACUUGGUAUUGAGUUUGAUUCACCCCCUAAUGGUGCUUUUGAAUUCCCGAGUAGCAAGCCUGUCGGUGCAGAACCGGUUGAUGCUGGAGAUCCCCAACACCCCCUUUCAUCAAAUAUCUCUGGAGUUAUAAAGCAGCCGGAUCUUAACUUUUUGAUUUCACAUGAUUCUUAUAUGGGAAAUGCAACCUUCAAAACCAUGCAUGGAUCUGAAAGACGGAACAAGAAACCUCGUCAGCAAUUAAAAUACAAGUCCUCUUUUCUUUCUUCAAACUCAUUCCCGGGUCAGAACUCUUCAGUGGAUAUCCACAAAGGUUCUGCCGAAAAAGAUGGCGUCACUGACUGCAAACGAAGUUGGAUGAACUCUAAACUUGCUGUCGAAAGGAUGAGACCAGAUUCUUUCUCUAACCAUCCCGACCCCAAUGGUGGAAAAGUCAAUGAUGAACGAGAAAAGCCUUGUUUGCAUGACGAUGAUAAUCACACAUAUAAGGCCCUGAAGAAAGAAAACAUGUCUAAGCCAUCUGCAAGGAUGGUAAAGGCCAAGAAACUCGGUGGAAAGCAGAAGCUGAAAAAGGAGUACCCUGUACGAGUAAAAACUGAUCCAACAAAUGAAUUGAGAGUUGCCAAGCAAGCCAAUGCCGAAUUUCCGCAGCAAGAUGUCGUUUCAUAUGCAUCACUUGCCAGAUCGCCUCUGUUAACAAAAUUGACUAAAAGAUCUACCACGGAUGUACCAUCUAGUUUCAGUGAAGAUGAAACUGCAGAAACUAGUUCUUCUUCGGGUUGACGAUGCUGAUGGAUUGUGGAGAAAGGCUGAAGGGGUUGUCUCGACUCCUUGAAAUCGUCGCAGGAAAAAGCGUCGCCGGCACGAACAUUGUGCUGAGAGAUCAUUUUUGUUCAUUGUAUUUUGUCCUUGUGCUCAGCUGUUGAAUAUACGAACAAAUUAGCCCUCCCAUCACAAGAUCUGGAGUUUCUAAAUAAAAGAACUUUUUUUUCUUCAA